GAUUUAUAGGUACAGGUGCAAUGAAUGGAGCAAUAAUUUAUGGAUUAAUAAAAUCCAAAAUAAUUAAAUCUGAACAAAUAUAUGGAUAUGAUGCAUCUGAUAAAAUAUUAAAUGAAUGUGUUAAAAAGAAUGAAAUACAAAAAUGUCAAUCAUCAAAUGAAUUAAUACAAAAAUGUCAAGUAAUUAUUUUAGGAGUUAAACCACAAUAUUUAAAUCAAGUUAUUAAUCAAAUUAAUAAUUCUUUAAUUCAAGUUAUUAAAGAAAAGAGAGAAAUAUUAUUAAUUAGUAUUGCUGCUGGAUUUAAAUUAACUACCAUUUAUGAACAAUUAAAUCAAAAUUUAAAAAAUUAUUUAUUAGAAAAUGAAAAUUUAACAAAAUAUAUUAAAUUAUCACGUGUAAUGCCAAAUAUUAAUUGUAUGAUAAGUGAAAGUGCAAGUGGAUAUAUUAUGCAUCCAUUAAAUAAUAAUGAUUUUAAAUUUAAACAAAUUGUUGAAAUUAUAUUUUCUAAAAUUGGAAAAUGUGUAUUUUUAACUGAUGAAAAUUAUUUAGAUUGUGUUACUGGAUUAAGUGGAAGUGGUCCUGCUUUUGUUUUCAUGUUUAUUGAAGCAUUAGCAGAUGGUGGUGUUUUUACUGGUUUAUCAAGAGAAACUUCUCUAAUUUUGGCAACUCAAACUGUUUUAGGUCUGCAAAAUUAUUAUUACAAUCUUUAA